UUGAUCGACUCAAAAGUUAAAACCUUCUUCAGGAAAAAGUGCAAUUCAGCCCGAGAGACAAAAUCCUGCUCAAUGAGGUUCACCUCAUCUGAUGAUUCAAAUUGAAACUGGACGGCUAAACUGGGUUCACGUUUUAAACGUCUACUCUCCCUGCGUCGAUUAGGUAAAAAAAUCAAAAGCUGAGACAGUUGUCUCAUCCAAUAUGAUUCCCAGCUCAAUUAUCAUCCUGCUGGAGAGGAUUUUAAUUGGAUAAUCUCAGUCCUUAAAUUACACGAUGUAAGCCAGAGUCGGUCUGACCAGUGAAAACUCCAUGCGGAGAGACUCGAAUACCAAAUCCGACGAGCAAAUGGGGACAAGACACGUACUUAUCGUACGGUGCUCGUACUUGAGCAUCAAUCAGAGAUAACAUCUGAAAAUGUGAUAAUUACUAUAAGUGGUUCAUGGCAUUGGGCAAGUACAAUUUCUUGAUAUAUAAAUGAUAUUUCCAAUUCGCGCAGCAAGAAGAAGUAAAGCAUGCAGCGCUGUAAGUGUUGGUUGCUCUUGUGGAUACACGCUUGCAACUCACUCGUUGGCUGCACACGUGAGAUUGGAAGCGAAAGCUUGACUGGGAAAUUGCAGUUUGAAGCCGCAGCAGAGUGGGAGGUGGAGCGGGAGCAGGAGGAGCUACAUAUCGAUCGACGGCCGCCGCCCACCGAUGAAGAACGAAGGAAAUACAUGAAACAGGAGCUGCCUGCCUUACCGCUGGACUUCAUGGAACGGAGCGCGCACUAUAAUCUACAGUUGAACGAGAGCUGUGCGCCGUUUCCCAAAUUCUUAGAACUCGAAUUCCACAACAACUACUGGCAAGUGCAUCGUAGUGGAGCGCUCAGCUUCUACUUGUAUGGUGCCUACUAUGAUAACCGUACGGCAGUGGUUAGUAGAGAGGGCGUAAAGCUGGUGCGUAUACUCGCUAUGGUCAGCGAGAUCGACUUGAAGUACGAAGAUUUUCCGCCCAGUUAUUGUCAGAUUUGGUAUGAAGAGUUUGACAAGCCGCGAAUUGUGCUGGUGCGAAAUUAUCGAGAAAUUUGGUACUCGGACUGGUGUAAAGGUCCCAAUUUGCUUUAUGCCACGUGGGUAGAAUGCUCACUGCAUGAGGAGAAGAAGGAGGAGAAGGAGGAGGAGGUCGGGGAAGGGUGGCGUGAUUUAGUGCCAAAAGCUGUUUCGUUGGUGGCAUCACCGUGUGCGCGCGCUACAAAUAGUUUGCGUGUAAUCUACGAGCCCGCUGAUGAACAACGUGGUGGCUUCGCUGUCUGUUCGACGGGGCUCUAUAACCCCUACAGGGAUAAUUCGGUACGUUUGGUUGAGUGGUUGGAGCUUUUGCAUUUAUUGGGCGCCGAGCAUGUAUCUUUACCCACAUUUGGCAUACAUCCGAAUGCGACGAAGGUUCUACGCUACUACGAGCGCGAGGGUUUCGUUUCCGCACCAGGUAUUUCGCUGGUGCGUGGCGAACCCGCUUUACCGCACUUCACGCACGAAGUGAUCAAGCGCGACUCGUGCAAUCACAUGGUCAAUGAGAUCAUACCACUGAACGACUGUCUCUGCCGGAAUAUGUACAAAUAUGAUUAUGUGGCUGUGUUUGACAUCGAUGAGGUCAUAAUACCGUUGGGCAAGCUACGCAACUGGCGUGAGUUGGCCCAAAAUGCAGCGGAGGAUGUGCGUGCGGAUAAUUGCAACGAAGGUGCCUCAUCACUCUGCUUUUGUAACGUCUACUACCCAGCUUAUCCAGAGCGUAAGCCAUACAGCACAGACGCGCCCACUUACAUGUACAUGCUACAGCAUGUGGCACGCGUGGCAGAGCAUCUGGAACCUUUCAAAGCUACCAAAUGUUUUCAUAAUACUCAAUUCGUAACCAGUCUGCAUAAUCAUUAUGCGCUGGACUGGGUGGCUAGUUGUGGCAUGCGGUCGGUCAAUGUGACGUUGGGACAAAUGCAACACUAUCGUGAGCCUGACAUAGCGGAAACCCUCGAGAACCCCGUUAUCGAUGACGUUAUAUGGCGUUAUAAGGAACCCCUGGUGCCACGGACACAGGCUGUAUUGCGGAAGUUAGGACUACUGCGCAGAGUACAGGUCCGUGGCGGUGAACGAAACUCUCAAGAGACUGCAGAAAUUCGAGUGCCACAAUCUCUGGAGAAGGAAGCGAUAAAAGAUAGCUUAGCAGUAAGAGGCGAACUUUGAAUUAUAGUCAUGC